GCGACAGCCGGGCCGAUGGGGCAUGGCGGGGGUGAUGUUCUGCGAGCCCCGACACCUCUACAACAUCAUCAACCAGUACCGGUGGAGAUCGCGGCUGGCCGAGCCCAACUACCUGUGCCUGCUGGAUGCCCGUUCUCAGUAUGAAUUCGAUGACAGCCACAUUGUUACAGCCCAAAGGAUUGUACUGAGUCCUGCAGGGCAGUAUGUGAUCCCCAAUCCCGAGGAGCUGGGCUAUGUCAGAUUCUGUGUGGUGUAUGACCAUGACACUGGAUUUUUGACUGACACCGACAAUCUGGAGGAGGAGGAGGAGAAGGAGGAGGAGGAGGAGGAGGAAGAAACAGGGAGCAGCACUUCUUCAGAGACUGAAAUCAGCAGCUCAGAUUCCGUGUGUUCCCACAGUCCUGAGGAAAGAGGUGCCAUCUUCCAUGCCAGGAACUUGGAGCAUUUCACCCGGCACCCCGUGCUGCUCCUGAAGGGAGGCUACAGGCGCUUUUCAGCUUGUUACCAUUUCCUCAAGAGCCACAAGACACUGUGGAUGCCCCAGGAGCUAGACACCUUCCAGCCAUACCCUGUAGAAAUACUGCCUGCCAAGCUAUAUAUGGGCAAUUUCAAGCAGGCCAGUGACAAACAAAUCCAGAAAGAUCUGAAGAUCAAAGCACUGGUCAACGUCUCAGAACAGCCUGUGACUCUGUUUGCAGAAGAAGGUAAAUCCCUCCAUGUACCUGUUCCUGACUCACUGGAAGCAGAUCUUUUUUCUUCCUUCCCCACCAUUUCUCAUUUCAUAGAUGCUCAGCUGGAUGAGGGAGCAGUGCUGGUGUUCUCCAGCCUGGGGAUCAGCCGGAGCAGCACGGCCACCAUGGCCUAUCUGAUGCACUCGUGCCGCUUCUCCCUGCAGAGAGCUUGGAAAUACCUUCUGAAAUGCAAAAUGAACAUGAGACCAAACCGGGGCUUUGUGGAGCAGCUCUCAGCCUGGGAGACCCAAAUCUAUGGGUACCCAGUCACAGAUGUGUCUGAACCAAAUUACUGACAGAGAACACCCGUGGGCAAAGCCACUUCCCUCCCCCUCUCUGGGGAGAAAGUUACUUGAAAGCUGUGUGAAAAAAGACCCAAAUGUGAUGGAAAAGCUUUCCUCUAGCUCCAUGUUCAUUUUGAGUCAAGAUCUGGAGCUCCCUGGGGAACUCAGCUGUGCUGGAGGAGGUGGAAGUUUGGGGAGUGCAAGUCCUGCAGGAAGUGGCCCAUUAGACACAGCUCAACUCUUUUGUGAGCACAGGGGAUAAUAACCACAGCUGUGGGGCAGUCAGUGGGGUUAUCACUGUGAGGGUUUGUUAGCCACGGUCUGGAAUAGGAAAUUUAGAGUCUGACAACGCCCACUUCCAGCCCAGAGAGGUGACAACAGAAUUUCAGAAUUUCUCCAUGCCCUGUGAGUGCCUUCUCAGCCACCUCAGCCUCGCUGGCUGGCUUGUUGACAAUCCACCCUUCCCAUCUGCUGCCUUCUAAUCCCACAGCCAAACCCCUGGGCAGAGGUGGUGAUUUUAAACCCUCAGUGCUGUCACAUGCAGCCUCGACCAGUACCUAAAUCAGUCCGCCCUUUCUCUCAGAGCACUCUGCAUUCUGUUCUUUGAAUCACAAAAUA